GACUACGUUUUGACGUCAUCACAACCAGGAAGUAGCUCUGUAACAAGGACGGCAGCAGCUGCGUAUUCUCCCUACUUGUCAAAACUGUAAGCUCGGUUUAUUCAUUGGCCGGUAUAAAUAUGAACACUCUCGAUUGUAUAGUAAAUUAACUUGUUGUUAAAUUGUUCACCUGCUGGUUCGUUAAAAGCCUGGGUCCUGUCCGGUUUUUGCCUCACAUGUACAGUACCUUACUGCUACACUGGCUUCUCUAACUCUCUCCUUGUGUGUGUGAAGGGCAUGGCGGGGGCAGCGGUAUUGAGGGUUCUCCGGACCCUGCGUCCACGAUCACUGACAGCGGUCUCAGGUAGGUUUCAGACCCUGGUGGAGUCCAUCCCCCCGCCGACUCCAUGCCAACUGUUCCCGGUCUGGAGGUCUUCUUCUGCCAAGUCCCUGCAUCUGUGCUCCAGCCUGUGUGCUGGACACAACAAGUGGUCAAAAGUGAAACACGUGAAAGGACCCAAAGAUGAGGCGAAAGCGAGGAUAUUCUCUAAGUUUGGAAUGAUGAUAAGGAUAGCUAUUAAAGGUGCAAAGUAGUCAGUGAUCAAGAGUGAUCAAGAGUGAUCAAUGAUUUCUGUCACAGUCUUCUCACGACAUUAUAUUUUGGUUUUAUUUGCAGAAGGUGGACCCAACCCUGACUCGAAUCUAAACCUGGCCCAAAUACUGGAGCGGUGCAAAGCAGUGCACAUGCCCAAAUCAACAAUAGAGGCUGCACUCAAGCCUGCUGUAUGUGAGCGUGAUACAGUUUCAUACAAAUUAGUGAAGAAAAGAGGAUAAGAAAUGCUAAAAACGUUUUUUCCUCUGACUCGACAGGAAAAGUCAAAACCAGUAUCUCAACACAUGUUAGAAGCUCGGGGACCUGGUGGAUGUCUGCUGCUCAUUGAAGUUCUGACCGACAACACCCUGCGUACCACAUGUGAAAUCAAACACCUGCUUCGCAAGAAUGGGUAAGACUUCCUGAGGUCUGACUCUACAGCAUAAGUUCAUUAUUCACAUACAAAACAUUACAUGAUUUCACAAAAAAAAAGAUGGUUAAAAUUGUGGAUGAUGAAGCAUUGAUUGACAAAAAAAGAAAAAUAACGGCUUCACAGGAGCUAAAAAGACUCUGUGACCUAUACAUUAAAGCAUAAAUGUUCACAUAGUUUCUUAACUAAGUGGAGAACUUGUGUCACAGAGAUGUAAUUCCUCACACAACCACAGGUGGAUGAUGUCAGACAAAGUCAGCAACACCUUCGAUAGGAAGGGGGUGUUAGCGGUGCUGGGUAAGAAUCUGUCGAUGGAGCAAGCCCUGGAGCUCGCCAUUGAAGCUGGAGCCGAGGAUGUCACAGAGACUUCAGAUGAGGAGGAACAGUCUCUCCUGCAGGUCAGAGAUGAAGAGGCGUCUUCUCUGAUGUCUGGAAAGUGCAGAGCAGAUCUAUGAGAGAGUGCUAUAGAUACAAACAGCAGGAGCAUUAAUGUUGGCUGCAUAAACACAUAAAACUACACAGUGCAGUCCAAAUAUGGUCCUAAUUGAGAGAAUCAAAAUAUGUUUGUGUGGGGACAUCAGUAGUAGAGGUUUUCUUUUUCUUUUUUAUGUAUUAUCAUCUAAAUAAAAAUACUUGAGUAGCUCUGUUGUUUCUAACUCUGUUUUUCUCUCUGCAGUUUACUUGUGAUAUGGCAGCCCUGAGAAAAGUGCGGGUAUCUUUGACGGAUCUGGGAAUGCAGAUUACCUCUGCAGGUUUAGAGUAUGUGCCCCGUACCCUCACCCCUCUGAACCAGGACCAGCUGGAGUCUGCUUCAUCUAUAAUAGACAUUCUAAAUGACUGUCCGUACGUCGUUCGAAUCUGGGACAAUAUCGAAGCUGAGAGCUGAGGUCACUUCCUCGACAUUUCUUGGACUCUGGAUUAUUAUUUCAUGAAGAAUAUUCAAUUUUCUGAGAAAGGAGUUUUGAGUAGAUACCUUCAGUGCUUUUCAACAUUAGCCAUACUGCUCAAAACCAUCAGAAUGAAAGUAUGAGCAGAGGAGUUAAAAUGUAUCUGAUAAUAUGUUCAGUAAAAAUUUCAUGAAUACUUCUCUGAUGUCAGACUUUGUUCACCAAAAGUUUUCUCCUGGUCUGUCAAAAUCUGCCACUUCAUUUUUUUUUUCAUCAAAGUUUUAAGUACUGUUCACCAACGUGCUUCUUUAAAUGUAAAAUCCUUCUUCAUAUCAAUCCAUUAAUUAUCUAUUUAUACCUCUAAUCCUGUUUGGGGUCACAGGGAGGCUGAAGCCAGUUUCAGUUGACAGUGGGUGAGAGGCAGGGUGCACCCUGUACCUGUCACCCUUAUUACAUGUGGUUUUAAUUGAAAGAAUCUUACAGGAACUUAAAAGAGCUCAAUUUCCCAAGUUAGUGUUUUACAGAAGAUAUGAAAGUGUAAAUAAAAGGGUUACCCAUCGCUAAACCAAAAUUUAAGACAACUAAAAAGCAAUGUGAGGCCAAACUUUAAAACUUACCUCUACUUGUGUUCUGUCUAGAUCCAAAAUAGAGGACUGGUAAUUGUGUAGUAUUAAAUUUUGUAAAUUCUGUAAAGUGAAGCUAAAUUACUAAUAAACUUGAAAAAUUAAAAAUAACACAAAAA